AAAUGAGCUAGCGAAUCUUAGGUAGGAGCUGAGUGAAAUUCAGAGUGGUGAAAGGAUAGGGUUAUAUAGGCCAGCUACGGACGGAGUUAGAUACUAAGGCAGACUUUGGCAGCAUGGACUACGGAGUUAGUAUGCACGUUGAGAAGCUGAGGUAAAGAACGUAAGAGAUGAGAAUGAUACUAUGGUCGAAGAGAAGGAAGGUUUAAGGAUGCUUCGGCAUGAUAUUACAAGGUUUGGGCGGAAAUGUAAUUAGUGGGGAGGUUUCGGAUUUGCUGAAGCCAGCUUCAAGAGACUUCAAGAGGGAAGAUACUGCUAGCACCUCGGUUCCGAGGGUAGGGAAUAGAGCGUGUGCAGAAUUGCUAUUCCUUCAUGAUACAGUGUAAUUCAUCAUUGCACUCCAAAGCUAGGUCGCGUUCGGUAGGAUAUCUCCAAGCGGAAUAUCAGACAAGUCGU